UAAUUGUUUAAUGUAAAAUUACGUCAUAAGUUGCGCGUACCUGUUCCUGGUAACGGGUGGGCGAGGUUACCAAGCUUGAUAAACCGCUCAGUGAGAUUAUUGCGUACUUUGAGAGAAGUAAAAUGGCUUCCUUUUGAGUUAUUACCCAACCGAAUCACGAUUUUAAAGCAGGUUAACCUCACCAAAGUUCAUGACUCGACAGUUUACUGUAUAUCCUAUGAAAGUUUGCCUAUCGGUUCAUGUUUUAGCGACGUUUUUGGCGCUAUAGAUACGAGUUUUGACCCGAAACAUUUUGCUAAUAUUGAGUACCGAUUGAUGACUUGAAUGGGUGCAUUCCUUGACAAACCGAAGAUAGAAAAACGUACAAACUCUGGCAGAGGUAAUGGAUUGCGAUAUGCUACCUCGGCAAUGCAGGGUUGGCGUGUUGAGAUGGAGGACGCCGACACUGCAAGAAUAGGACUGCCGAACGGGUUUGACUCAUGGUCGUUUUUCGGAGUUUUUGAUGGGCAUGCUGGAGCUUAUGUCAGCAAAUACUGUUCAGAGCAUCUUCUCGAUGCUAUCGUUGGGAGCGAGAUUUUUAGAAAGGCGGCCGAAAAAUCACAAGCGAACGGCAAACAGCCGUCCGACGACCACACGGAACUCGCCAGAGAGGCUGUGCGGACGUCGUUUAUCGAGUUGGACAAGAACAUACGAAACAUUAUAGACGAAGGGGAGAAAAGUGGUUCGACCGCUGUUGUCGUUCUCGUCUCACAAUCGCAUGUGUACUUUGGCAAUUGUGGCGACUCGCGAGCAAUUUACUGCCGAGAUGGAAAGCAGGCGUUUGCAACUGCCGAUCACAAGCCUGUAAAUCCCGAGGAGAAGAGCCGAAUCGAAAAGGCGGGAGGAAGUGUUAUGAUUCAACGAAUAAAUGGCUCGCUCGCCGUUUCGCGAGCACUUGGCGAUUUUGAAUACAAAAUGGAGUCGAAUUUAUCCGCCACGGAACAGCUUGUUUCCCCCGAGCCGGAGGUUUCUUGCUUAAGACGCGAAAACGGCGACGAGUUCUUGCUGUUGGCUUGUGAUGGAGUCUGGGAUGUUAUGACCAACGACGAAGUUAUUGGUUUUAUCCGAGCGAAAAUGAUGAUUUCCGAUGAUCUAGUUUUUGUUUGCAACGAACUCAUGGAUACGUGCCUCGCUAAAGGCAGUCGCGAUAACAUGAGUGUCAUACUUGUUGCGUUUCCCAGUGCACCAACGCCUUGUCCGACAGCCAUUGAAAAGGAAAAGCAAUUAAACAAACACUUAGAAGAGCGUGUAAAAGACAUUUCCUCAAAAUGUGAUCCAGAUGAACUUGACCUAACACAUGUCAUGCAGACCCUGGCAAAUGAGACGAUCGAAGGACUCCCUCCUGGCGGAGGUCUUUCGUCAAAGAAAAACUUAAUAGAAGAAACAUUAAACCAAGUGAAAGGAGAACAAGGUUUAAAAAGUGAAACAUGAACAUUUCCUCCCAAUUUUAUUUUCACCCCACUAAAGACAGGAAUGGCAUGUUUUGAAACCCUGGUGAAAAUCAAAAGAAACAUUAUUCGUUAGUGUUGAUUUGUAUUAGCUGUUGAUGAUGGUUUGAAUCUGUUGGCGAGCAGUACAUUAGCAUCUUGCAUCCUUUCUAAUUACAACAAGGAGAUAUAGCGAGCAGUAUGUCAUGCGUACAACAAGGGAAUUCCUAGAAUUACUCUCCCAAGUCUUUUUCCCAAGUACUCUGCUACAAACUUACAAAGCACAUGUGGUCAUUAUUGAGAUAUGGAGCCCAUCAAUAUACCCAAAUAUAGGUAAUCUGUGCCCCAGGAUUGGGGCUGAUGUCAGCAUUAUUUGUAGCAGUCUUGCUGAUGUCAGCAUUAUGGUGACAUCAGCAUUCAUGGUUACAUCAAUAUUUAGAUAAGACACAAUUUAAUUCCGUCAUGAUUUAGUUGAGAAAAUGAUUUGUGAUUCGGCAGAAAACUAUCCUAAAACAUUUGCUAAAAUUUUUUUGCUGUCGCAUAUAAUUUGAAACACAUUUGAUUUUUUAAGAACACUUAUUACUGAAAUUAAAUUGCUCAGUAGUUGCCACAGCACUAUUUACACAACUGGUGUAUAAGUUUUUUUGUAGUCCUUAUCAUUCUAACAUGUUCUUUUUAGUGCUUCAACAACGCACUUUGCAAAUUUCAACAAACCUAGCAAUACGUCAUGUUACGCACGAUGUAGCGUAUAGUAGAGUAACACAGGAGUGACAGGACUUCGCAAGAAACAUGGGGCAGUUAACGUUUUUAUGCCGGGGGAGUUUCGUUUGUAGAACUUGUUGUUCGUGUGCCAUAUUACAUCGCUAUUUUUCUGGUAAAAAUUGUAGAAAUUAUUUAUACCAAACUACGCUGCUAAUAUAUCUCUCGCUAGCCUGUUUACAGAAAAUAAAUUCAUUGCCUUGUCGUAGCGAGUUUGUUGUGGUCAAAACUUUCUUUGGUGGUAACUGACUAGUUAAAAUUAAAUUAUGCACAUUUGAAAAUAAGAUAUCGAAUGUUUGGAAC